AUGGCGUUCCUUCUGAAAAUCGCCCUUGCGGUGUCGCCACUCGUGGUGCAAGCCGGGGCCAAGCCCAUGGCCCUGCCAGCUAUGCAGUAUAGGCAAGAGCCCGACCAUCUCGGAGCUGUCGCAAGCGAGAGCGAGAUCUGUAGCAAUAUUGGCAUAGACUUGCUCAAAGCAGGUGGAAACGCUGCUGAUGCUCUUGUUGGCACUGUCUUUUGCAUAGGAGUCGUUGGCAUGUACCACUCAGGCAUAGGUGGCGGUGGGUUUAUGACAGUCCGCCUGCCAAAUGGCACGUAUGAGCAGAUCGACUUCCGAGAAACAGCACCAGCUGCAGCAUACGAAGACAUGUAUACGAACAAUACGGACGCUUCCAUAUUCGGGGGCCUGGCCAGCGGCGUACCUGGAGAGCUUAGAGGUCUGGAGUAUUUGCACGAGAACUACGGUGUGCUGCCAUGGGCAGAAGUCAUGGCGCCAGCCAUUAAGGUUGCUCGCGAAGGUUGGACUGUCAACGAUGAUCUGGUUCGCUACAUGGCGUCGGCGAACGCCUCAGCCAAUAUUCCCAAUUUCCUCUCCGAGGUUCCAACAUGGGCAAUCGACUUUGCGCCAAAUGGAACACUGGUCCAGCUGAACGACACAAUCACAAGGAAGCGAUAUGGCGAUACUCUCCAGAAGAUCGCUGAUGAUGGCGCUGACGUCUUCUACACUGGGGUUAUGGCAGAGGCGAUGAUUCAAGCGCUCCAGGCAGAAAAUGGCACCAUGACUAUGGAGGACUUGGCCAACUACUCGGCGAUUGUUGCGCCGGCCAUCAACAUCACGUAUCGCGGUUACAAUCUCUUCGCCUCCGAUGCACCAUCAUCGGGUGCUGUGGCUCUCAGCGUUAUGAAGAUCCUAGAAGGAUACCCACCUUUUGCAAGUGAUGGCUCUCUCAACCUAAGCACACACCACACCGACGAAGCCAUGCGCUUUGCCUAUGGAGCGCGAGCCGAUCUCGGCGAUCCAGACUUCGUCGCGAAUCUGACUCGCUAUCAAUCUGAGAUGAUUUCGAGUGCAUACGCCUCAGAAGUGCGCGGCAGAAUUUCCGACAAGCAGUCCUUCAAUGUAUCGUACUACGAUCCUGACGGUCUGGAAUCGCUGGAAACCCCAGGCACUAGCCACGUUACCACAGCAGACGCAUCGGGCAUGGCGAUUACCCUCACAACAACCGUCAACCUUCUCUUCGGGUCCAAUCUCAUGGUUCCCGAAACAGGCGUGAUCAUGAACAACGAAAUGAACGACUUCUCCAUACCAGGCAGCUCCAAUGCUUUCGGCUACGUGCCCUCCCCAGCGAACUAUGUCCGCCCAGGAAAACGCCCCUUGUCAUCUAUCACACCCAUCAUCGUCGAACACGCUUCUAACAACACCCUCUACUUCGUCAUCGGUGCAGCUGGCGGCUCACGAAUCAUUACCGCAACGAUACAGAAUCUUCUGCAUGUACUAGAUCAGAACAUGACGGCGCCGGAGGCCUUGCUUCAGCCGCGACUGCACGAUCAGCUGACGCCCAAUCAGGUCACUUUUGAAUAUGCUUACAAUAAUGAGACAGUGGCUUUCAUGAAGAGCUUGGGACACAAUGUGACCUGGGUCGCGCCGGGACAGAGUGGGGCUCAGGGGAUCAGAGUGCUGCCGAAUGGGACUUUUGAGGCGGCGGGCGAGCCUAGGCAGAAGAACUCGGGCGGAUUCGCUGUAUAA